GAUAGGGCUUUAAAUUAGGAUUUCAGGGUUAGCGUUUGAAGUUAGCAUAAACUUGGAUUUCGCGCCAGAUUUGUGCACAGGUUUUGUCCAGGUACUGCGGUUUCCUCCCACGUUCCAAAAACAUGAAUGGCAGGCUGAUUGAACACUCAAAAUUGUCCUGAGGUGUGAGUGUUAGCGCGGAAGGUUGUUCGUCUCUGUGUACCCUGCGAUUGGCUGGCAACCGGUUCAGGGUGUCCCCCGCCUACUGCCCGAAGACAGUUGGGGGAUGCUCCAGCACCCCCUGCGACCCUCGUGAGGAUAAGGAAAAUGAAUGAAUGAAUGAAUGAAUGAUAAUUGUUCAGCUUCCACUCAUAAGCGAUGAAAUAAAUUACAUUUCCCAGAACUGUAUCGCUUCGUGCAUAGCAUUAAACGCAUUCUGGGGUAAAUUGAGAAGCACCAUUAAAAUUCUUAUGAUUCCUUGUGUGGGUCAGGUUGAACAAAUUGAUUAAGUCGGUCGUAAAACCACAACACACUCCCAUACUCUUGUCUGGAUUGGGACACACACACACACACACGCACACAGAGCCUUCUUUCAUUGGUUGCUGCUGAUGAAUGAACAACUUGUUGGGCCAAUCAGACGCAUGUGACUCGUUUAUAUGUGAGGCUGAUGGGAACCAGCCUCACAUACUCACACACACGCACGCACGCGUGUGCACACACACAUACAGACCCUCAAGCAUCAUUCAUCAUGCCCAGCAAAGAGCAGAUCAGCCACGAUGAAUACCAGAAGUCGGCGGAUUGGCUAAAGUCUCAGACCAAACAUCGCCCCCAAGUGGCCAUCAUCUGCGGUUCGGGCUUGGGCGUUCUGGCUGACGCCCUCAAGUGCCAGGAUUCCUUCCCCUACGCCGACAUCCCGGGUUUCCCGCAGAGUACCGUUCAAGGUCACGCCGGCCGGCUGGUUUUCGGAGAGCUGAAGGGGAAAACGUGCGUGUGCAUGCAGGGUCGAUUCCACAUGUAUGAAGGACACUCGCUAUGUAAGACCACGUUUCCGGUGCGCGUAUUCAAGCUGCUGGGCGUGGAGACCUUAAUUGUGACCAACGCCGCCGGCUCACUGGCUGACGGCCUGCGCCCCGGCGACAUCAUGAUCAUCAAGGACCACGUCAACUUCCCCGGCAUGGUGGGUCUGAACCCUCUGAACGGACCCAACGAUGACAAGUUCGGGCCGCGUUUCCCGGCCAUGUCGGGAUGCUACGACAAAGGUCUGCGCGCCCUGGCGAUGGAGAUUGCGAUGCAGAUGGGCGUGGCCAACCUGAUGCAAGAGGGGGUGUACGCCAUGGUGGGGGGGCCAACUUUUGAAUCCAUCGCUGAGGCCAGACUGCUGCAUCGACUGGGCGUGGAUGCUGUCGGCAUGAGUACCGCCCCUGAGGUUGUGAUAGCGACCCACUGCGGCUUGAGAGUCUUUGGCCUAUCUCUCAUCACCAACAAGGUGGUGAAGAGCUACGAGGACCCGGAGAGCGUGGACCACCAUGGGGUUCUGGAGGUAGGCCGGCAGCGCUCACACACGCUGCAGCAGCUUGUGACCGAACUGGUCGCCAGGAUGGAUAUCAACAACAACAACAACAACAUCAGCACCAGCAGGAAUAAUGCUCUUUGAGCAAAGACCCCAUUUUCCUUUUUGUACAGACGGUACACAUUACAGCUAACUUCUUUUUAUAAUCAACCUCUGUUAUUUGAACGGAAAUAUUUAUAUAACUUCUAAGGGUUCAGUAAAGGUGUAAUAUUAUCCAGCCAUCCAAUUUGUAUUCUUGUAGUAAACUUAAAUAGCGGUGUUCU